UCGCAACCUAACAGUCAACAAGGUCAGUUACAUCGCCUUCUUUUGAUUAGAUUCCUUCUGCACGCAACUGCUUCCCUUCUCUCACAACUCCAUCUUUCCCGCUGCAGCGUAGAUUCCAACGCGCAGACAGAUCCAGCUUGUUUCUCAGUCUCACUUAAUAUAUACUUGGAACUCUCGAAGCAAAGAGGGACGAUACCUGCAGAAAGCGAAUAGGCGCAAGCUGGACUGUAUUCAAAAGAGCGACUGCUUCAACUUUAAGACUAAGAACAUUUGUUGGCGAAGGAUAUGCCGGCUUUGCAUGGAGACGAGGUAGACGAUUGAAACCAGCAGGUACAGUUCAUCGAAAGAGGAGCAGAGAUUCCAAUUUCAGCUGCUGGUCAGUCUGAAGAGGCAUCUUUCCACUUACCGACAGACUCAGUAUUGGUAUUUCGUUACCCCCUUGUUGUUGCCCGGCUCCUGAGCAUUUGAUUAUGGCGAACAUAUUUUCAGGAUGGGUGUCAUCUUAGUGAUUCACCCGAUAUUUAAGUGGCGUCUGGGUUGUAUAGGCACGGUACCAGCAGCUCUUCUUGUUUUUUGUAAUCUUCGCAAUAUAGUGACGCACACAGUGAGGUGGUGAGCUAUGGCAACAAGAACGUUGGAACAGGAUCACUAAGCGAUGGAUUGGCAGCGACGAUCAGGGAAAUCGAAACUCGAUAGGUUCGGUCAGUUCUUGGUAAAGACCACUCUAGAUGUUAUGGAUGUGGCGAGCGCAACACUAGGGUACAGCGAUAGCUCCAGAGAACUCAUCAGCGGAAAAAUUAUGGAUAAAGUCGAGGACGAUCUGGGAACUAAGUUUUAUGAGGAGCUUUGCAAUCGGCCAACUAUUUUGAAGAACAUCCACUACUGUCAAUCAGAUAUGACAUCGAUAGCCAAAUCCCACAAGCUACUCAGGACGGAAACAUUGCAUACAUCCAACCCCACCACAAGCGCAUAUGCGGAACGGCCGCCGUCUAUCCUCAACCACGACUACUUAGUGCUGGAAAUGGGCUACGGUGCCGACAUGGGUGAGACGAUGUACAUACGAGCCGAGAAGACUAAGUUCGAAGAGGGAGACGCAGGAAUUAUCAUCGCCGUCGACUUGGAUUUCGAGAGAACGGAGGGCCAGGCACUGCUCAUCACCAUACAAUGCCUGGAUAAGAGAAUAGGAUUGCGAGCCUUGCAAGACAUUCUUGGUGAACACAACCCCGACUACACUCUGCGAGAUCAAAACUGCUGGAAGUAUGCUCGCUGGACCGCACGGCGGCUGCUGCAGGAGUGCAGGCAGGAUCGAAGCAACCUGAGCCGCGAGGAGCACCGAAUGCUGCAGGUGGAGGAGGAGACCAUGGAAUCCCGCAUCGCCCGCUCUCAUGUGAGGCGAAUGGGGCACUGCGUCUACAAGGGCCUCAACCGAUUGUGGCAUUCCUUUCACAACUCAACUGACUAACUAUUUAUUUGUGUUUGUAGGUUAUUAGUAGGUUACUAGUAGGUUAAAAAUUUGGCCAACAGAUUGGCUAUAUGGCACACAUGUAGGUAACUUGUUUUACAAGUUAGACACAUCCAUUUGUGAUUAAAUUAUAUGUAAUAUAAAUUUUGAUGCAUCUAUUUCUAUC